AUGACUGCCCACGUUAAAAAAUUCCAUUCUGAAGCAGCAAAACGGAAAGCUGAAGAAGGUGCCGAGCUCUUACGUCUAGAGUUAUUGAAUUCUGGAAAGGUACCUCGAUUAGGUAAUGAGGAACAGACAGGCGGGGCUGUGACUACCCGUGGAAUGACACACGAGACUGAUGAAGGGGAUCAAAAAUCUGGUGUAAAAGUUACAAAAAGUAAAAAACGUGGGGCUGAUCAAGGAGAUAACAAAUCUGAUGUAAAAGUUUCUAAGGAAGAGGUAGCUGAUAAAUCAGAAGACUCCACUGACACAUACGGUGGUGGUCCAGAUCCACUCUAUGUGGCUGAAUUCAAGAAAUUGGGUCCGGCCAAACGUUGGAAGAAAAAUACCGUGGUGAACCAGAAGUUCAUUCUCACGUUAGAUCAAAAACGCGGACUAAAAGAACAUGAAGAUUUGAAUAUUGGAGCAACACAUGCCAUAACUGUUGGAAUUGACAAGCUGGUCUAA